AUGGAAACGUGGGACGGGUCACGACCCCGCUAUCGCGCCCUUUUAACCGCACGGCGCUCGGCCGCAGCUUCACUUCACGCGUGCACUUCCUUGCGAGCGGCUCGUCUUGUCUCGCCCCCGCCGUGCUCCGUCAAACAUCGCCACACUCGCGGUCACACCAUUCGCGACACAUCGUAUACUGCCGUCAGCUUCACGACUCCCAGAACGCGAUAUUUUUUACGG